AUGAUUACAACUCUGAGAAGCAGACACUGUGUGACUGGGAGUGUGAUAGUAAAUGGAGACACACUUUCAGAUGGAGCCAUGCAGUACAUGGCCUCAGUGCAGAACCCGAUGGGUCAUGCGUGUGGAGGCUUUUUAGUGAGUGAUCAGUUUUUUCUCACUGCAGCUCACUGUUUUGAAGAUCAACCCGUCCGUGUUGUCCUGGGUAAACACAACCUCAAAGAAUCUAAUAAAGGACAAACCAUUGAUAUUGAAAAGUUUUUCAAGCAUGAUUCGUAUAAAGACGUGGGCUUUGGGAAUGAUUUGAUGCUGCUAAAACUGAAUAAAAAUCCUGAGGAAAACGGUGUGAAAAAAAUAGACCUCCCAACUCAGAAUAUGAAAGUCAAAGCAAAUGAUCUGUGCCAAGUCGCAGGAUGGGGAGCAACACAGACACAUGGUGUAAAUGCCAACGUGCUGAUGGCCACUGAGGUGCCCAUUAUAGACAUGAAAACCUGUAAGGAGGUGUGGCAUCACCUUCCACACAAUGUCAUUUGUGCUGGAGGAUACAACACCACGAAGGGAUUUUGUCAGGGUGAUUCUGGAGGUCCCCUAGUAUGCAAAAAUACUGCAGUGGGAGUUGUAUCUUUCAACAGACAUAACAACUGUACCUACAAAAAAGAAGCUCCCAACGUGUUUGUCGACAUUUCCAAAUACAUGGAUUGGAUCUUAAAAACUAUUAGCUUUUCUGGAGCAGAUGGAUCACGCAUUGUUGGAGGCAGAGAAGCGGUGCCCCACUCUCGGCCGUACAUUGCUUCGCUGCAGUCGCGCGGAAGACACAUCUGUGGAGGACUCCUGGUCAAAGAAGAUUUUGUGCUCACAGCAGCUCACUGUCUGACACCUGUGCCAUACACGGUCGUACUAGGAGCUCACUCACUUGCUGCUAAUGAAUCUUCAAAACAGACUUUCACUACUGUGAGAUCUAUUUCACAUCCUAACUAUAUCGGACAUGCCAAUGACAUCAUGCUCCUUAGGCUAAAUACCACAGCUAAGCUUACUGCAGCCGUUCAGCUCAUUCCUCUGCAAAGGGGACGGCUUAGAGCUGGGGGUAAGUGCAUCACUGCUGGAUGGGGAGACAUCGGUGAUAACAACACCUAUCCAAACAGGUUGCGGGAGGUCAAUGUCACCAUCCUGUCACAGAGAAGCUGUAGUGGAAGAUGGGGAGCAGUCCCCAUCACACGGAGCAUGGUCUGUGGCACCGGAAUGGACAACUUUCAGGGAUUCUGCUCAGGCGACUCGGGCGGACCUCUUGUGUGCGACGGUGCUGCUGCAGGUGUUGUCUCCUUCUCUGGCCGCCGAUGUGGAAAUCCCAGGACACCUGAUGUGUACACACGCAUAUCAUCAUUCAGAGAUUGGAUUUUAAGUGUUGUAAACAAUUAGGCACUGAUGGCGUAAAUUAUGUAA